CGAAAGCAAGAUUGAAUCAAGACUUAUGAGUGCUGUUUGCGAAGAAAGCGUAUAUAAACUUAAGGAAUUUGGCAUAGCUAAUGAAGGAUCAGCUGAAGCUCAUUAUAACACAAAAAAUAAGACAAUAGAAGAUUUAAUUAAGUACAAAGUCCAGGAUCCCGACUCAUCAGGACCUCUGCGAUUCUGGAUUUGGGAUUUUUCUGGAUAUUAGAUCACGAGUUUAAAUCUAGGUUUGAAAAUAAAAAUCAUUAAUAUCGAUGAAGAAAAAAAAGAAAUGGAAUUUGACAUUAUAGGAGUUGGAGCUCCUAUCACAAAUGCAAUCAGAAGAAUAUUAAUUGCUGAAGUUCCCACGAUGGCUAUUGAUAAGGUUGAAAUGUACAAUAAUACAACAAUAAUUCCAGAUGAAGUUUUAGCUCAUCGCUUAGGCUUAGUUCCAAUCAAUGUUGAUCCUCGUGUGUUUCAAUUUAAAAAUCCAGAUGAUGAUAAUGUAACUGAAGAAGAUACCCUUGUAUUUGAGCUCAAAGUAAAGUGUACACGCAAACCAAAUGCUACAAAGGAUGUUUGUGCUCCAGAUGACAUAAUGUAUAAUCAUUCGAGAGUGUAUUCUCGAGAUAUGAAAUUUGUACCCCUUACAAACCAACAGAGAAUGUAUGAAGAUAUAAAGCCUGUACAUGAUGACAUUUUGCUUGCGGUAUUGAAACCAGGGCAUGAGAUUGACUUAAAAGCAUACUGUUUUAAAAAUAUCGGUAAAGAACAUGCAAAAUUUUCACCUGUUGUUAAUGCAUCAUAUCGACUACAUCCUCAAAUCAAAUUAAAAGAGGAAAUUGUUAAUGAACAAGCUCAUACAUUAGCUAGUUGUUUUCCACCUGGUGUUAUCAGAAUAUCAAAAAAGAAAGACAGGGAAGUUGCAAAAGUAAAUGAUGUUAGGAAGUGUCUUUGCAAUCGAAAUGUGUAUCUUCAUGAAGAGUUCAAAGAAAGUGUUGAAGUAUCUAAAGUCAAAGACCACUAUAUUUUUACAGUGGAAUCAGCUGGAGCUCUGGCUCCGGAAAUUCUAGUGACAGAAGCUAUAGACAUAUUGCGAGAAAAAUGUAGAAGCUUCUUGACUGAACUCAAAUCAUUAAAAGUUUAGUUUGAAGAAACUUGUGAUAAUUUUCUGUACAUAAACAGUUCUAUGUAGAUACUGAAUGCAUUGUACAUAACUUUUUGAUUUCAUGUACUGUAUAAAUAAAAUUUUUCUGUCUUCUAA